UUGCUUUCUCCCGGUGAUGUGCUAUCGCUGGCUCAGGUCCUAACCACCAGCUGUGUGGACGCAUUGCUCCGCUGAACAGGCGUUUGUCCAGUUUCUUUGUCGUUUUUAUAACGUUUUUUCUAUCUAUACUUAAUCACUACAACACGGUAUUCAUCUUGACGUCAGGUAUAUUUAGUAGAAACCGCAGCACGUGAAGAUUUUGGGUGUCAGGGAGGCGCUUUGUUGUUGAGAAAAUGUGCAGUUAGUGUUAGCUUGCCGCAGCAGCCAGGCUCGGACCGACGGGUGCGCGGUGUGGACCAGCAGGGAGCGGAGAGUAUAAGCUAAGGGCUGCUGUUAGCCGAACACCCCCUUAACCCAACCCGACCAUGGGCCUGAUAUUCGCCAAACUGUGGAGCUACUUCUGCAACCAAGAGCACAAGGUAAUUAUUGUGGGUCUAGACAAUGCAGGGAAAACCACCAUCCUUUACCAGUUUCUGAUGAAUGAGGUUGUUCAUACAUCGCCCACCAUUGGGAGCAACGUGGAAGAGAUAGUGGUGAAGAACACCCACUUCCUGAUGUGGGAUAUAGGGGGACAGGAAUCUCUGAGGUCUUCUUGGAACACCUAUUACUCCAACACAGAGUUCAUUAUUCUGGUGGUGGACAGCACAGACAGAGAACGGCUGGCCAUCUCUAAAGAGGAGCUCUACAGGAUGUUGGCUCAUGAGGACCUACGGAAAGCAGCUGUGUUGAUAUUCGCCAACAAGCAGGAUAUGAAAGACUGCAUGUCGGCGGCAGAGAUCUCCAAAUACCUCACCCUGAGCUCCAUCAAAGACCACCCCUGGCACAUCCAGUCCUGCUGUGCUCUAACAGGAGAGGGUUUAUGUCAAGGCCUUGAGUGGAUGACCUCCAGAGCUGGACUCAGAUAGCCCUUCUAUGUGCCAUCAACGCCAGACUACCUGCCUCACCCCCAGAGGUGGCAGACCAUUUCUGUCCUUACUGACUCGUCUUUUCUCUUCUUUGUUAAUGUCACAACGGGACAGCGGCACCGACAGCCCGCCAUGACAGUAUUUGUUAUGCGGCAGUCUGUUCUAAAACAAAGAAACUACAGAGAAGAUGUCAAUCAAGGACAAUUUAUGACUCAUGCAUAUCAUAUUGUUAUUGCUUCUCAUCAAGCUGAGAACGAGGAGGAUUUAUUCAGGUCAGAGGAUUUGCAGUGUUAUGAAUGCAGCUCUAACCAUUAUAUUCACACUAGUUUAAUUCAUUGGUCCGUUUUGUCUUUUUUAUUUUGUUCUCAUUCUAAGCACAGAUGUAAGCUUGUUACUUUAGAUUUCAGUUUUAUAAGCUACAUUCAUCAAGUCUCAUUUUCAUUUGGAGUUUCAACUUGUUAAAAAAACAUUUGUUCCCUCAGCUUUUUUGCCAUAAGUUAUCCGGGCUGUGCUUAAGUCAGAAUGUCAGCAGGUUUCAUUUCAAAGAUCACUUUGACUGCGCGUCAAGAUUUGUUUUUAACAGUAUUUUUCAGCAUUUUAUAAGUGAUUUAUCACGUUAUUUAAUUUGACUUUUACUCUAUAGUCGUUUUUAGCGGUAGGUUUGUAUCUACAUUGUUCUGCAUCUUUUCUUGAACAGUUUUUGUACUUUUUAAACAAAGGGAUAAGCAGAAGCCACUAUUUAACAGGUGCCAAACAUUUACUGGAGGCUGUCACUCAGCCGCUGCUCACACUUUGGUGGUGAAGCGCUUGGAUUGUACGCAUGAGGACGAUACACUCAAUAUUUCAGCUGGUAUUGUUCUGGUACUUGAUGCUCAGCCUUAACAGAACUUCUGUAGUCUGCCUGAUUCAUUUCUCUUUUCCAGCUUGUUGAAAGAAUCCUUCAACUUUUCAUCACAUCUAUGCACAUGCCACUUAAAAGAACUUGUUAUGCAAGUUCGGUGGCCAAAUAAGGAGGUGCUUGAUUCAGAGUGAGCCCAGGUCAUCAGACAGGAAGUUAAACCCUGCACCAGUUAACACAGCAGCAGCGAGGCUUGGAGCAUUUAGCUAGAGCUCAUUAAGCAAUGAGACGGGUUGAAUACUGGUGUGGCAAAGUGUGGAUCAUGUACUGCUUUUGUUUUCAU